CCCCCACCUCUCCGGAAUAAAUCCGUGACGCGACAUGUCCACGGCCCGCAGCUCUCUCUACGAUUCUGCUAGGAGUACUCCCUACUAGUCUCCUUCCUCCGAUUCUAGCUCCGUAUCUCCAACAUGAUUGCGCGCGGCCUGCUCCGAUCCAAUGCGUCCUCGCAGGCAAACAAACUAGUGAAGUAUUUAACCGGCACUGGGAGUGUACAAGGGCAUGCAGAUAGUUUGGCAAAUGCAUCAGUCAGACAUUUCAGUUCAGCGCCGUCUCCUCAGUCUAACUCAACUGAAGAAAAUGGGUUUAAGGGGCAUGGCAUGUUGGCUCCAUUCACAGCUGGAUGGCAGAGCAGCGAUGUGCACCCGCUGAUUAUUGACAGAUCUGAGGGUUCUUAUGUUUAUGACAACAAUGGGAAUAAGUAUCUAGAUUCUCUUGCUGGACUAUGGUGUACAGCUUUAGGUGGUAGUGAGCCUCGAUUAGUCAAAGCUGCAACUGACCAAUUAAAUAAGUUACCCUUCUAUCACUCAUUUUGGAAUCGUACAACCAAGCCAACAUUGGAUCUCGCGGACGACCUUCUUAGCAUGUUCACUGCAAGGAAAAUGGGAAAGGCAUUCUUCACAAAUAGUGGUUCAGAAGCAAAUGACUCACAGGUCAAACUAGUAUGGUAUUAUAACAAUGCAUUGGGGAGGCCAGACAAGAAAAAGUUUAUUGCACGAUCAAAAGCAUAUCACGGAUCGACAUUGAUAUCAGCUAGUCUCACUGGUCUUCCUGCCCUGCACCAGAAGUUUGAUCUACCUGCACCUUUUGUUCUGCACACAGACUGCCCUCACUACUGGCGCUUCCAUCUUCCCGGUGAGACAGAAGAAGAAUUUGCCACAAGACUUGCAAAUAAUUUGGAGAAUCUUAUCCUCAAGGAAGGACCAGAAACAAUUGCUGCGUUCAUUGCUGAGCCUGUGAUGGGUGCUGGCGGUGUCAUCCCACCUCCAAAGACCUAUUUUGAUAAGGUUCAAGCAGUGGUUAAGAAGUACGACAUCCUUUUCAUAGUAGACGAGGUCAUUACCGCAUUUGGAAGGUUGGGAACCAUGUUUGGAUCUGAUAUGUAUAACAUCAAGCCAGAUCUAGUCACCUUAGCCAAGGCUCUUUCAUCUGCCUAUGUCCCCAUUGGCGCAACCCUUGUUAGCCCUGAAAUAGCAGAUGUGAUUGAUUCUCAGAGCAAUAAGCUUGGUUCAUUUGCUCAUGGCUUUACAUAUUCUGGUCAUCCAGUUGCUUGCGCUGUCGCCAUUGAAGCGCUGAAAAUCUAUCGGGAAAGGAAUAUUCCUGAUCAUGUGAAGCAAAUUGCUCCGCGCUUCCAGGAGGGAACAAAGGCCUUUGCAGGAAGUCCAAUCGUUGGGGAGAUCCGUGGUGUAGGGUUGAUACUUGGAACUGAAUUUGCUGACAAUAAAUCACGAGAUAGUCCAUUCCCUGCAGAAUGGGGCGUUGGUGCUAUCUUCGGACAGGAGUGCCAGAAGCGUGGCAUGCUGGUUAGGGUUGCCGGAGACAGCAUUAUGAUGUCGCCGCCAUUGACAAUUACAGCCGACGAAGUAGAUGAGCUAGUGAGCAUAUAUGGGAAAGCUAUGAAGGCCACUGAGGAGAGAGUGGCCGAGCUCAAAUCCAAGAAAAAUUAGACAAGAUGCAGCACGACGAUGAUGAUAACGUCGAAGGCGACGGAUGACGGUGGCAUUGGAUGUGUACAAAAUAAUUCCUUGCUCUCGGCGUGAGGUGGUAAUAACGCAGCGGAAGGAACGGCCUUUCUUGAUGUGCAAAAUGGCGAAGUGUUCUUUCACAAAGCAUCGGUGAUUGAUGAUUUGAUUACACACACAAGAUAGAUUGCGUACAAUCUCACAUAUAAAGAUAAUCUCUUAAUAAAGCCCCGUUUAUAUGUUUGCCAUAUUGGAAAUUCCUAAUUAUACUGGGCAGGUUGAGUUUAGAAUGAAAUAUUUUCAAAGAGUUCCUUAUGA